CAAUCCACCCAAGAAAUUGUUUACAAAUACACACUCCCACACUUUACAAUUUCUCAUUCCAAUUUUGAAAAACCGCCAAAACUGAAAAACCGUUUUCCGAUGGCUAAUCGCCUUACUCUGUUCCUCAUCCUCUCCAUUACCGCCGUCUCCACCGCGGCCGUCGAUUCCGCCACCAAUACCACCGCCACCGUUGAUAUCGUCUCCACCGCCGUCCACUCCAGAAAACAGGCGAAAAACACCGGCCGCACGAAAUACUCCAUUUCCCCAUAUGAACUGGACAGCCUUCUGAGUGUCUUAAGGUACAGCGGUUACCCUCUUUUUAGCAACGCAAUCGACACCUCCGAUAUCCAAUUCCAAAUUCUCACCGGCCACACCACACUCGCCGACUCUUCAUCGGCGGCGGCGGGAUCAUUCACUAUCUUCGCACCGAGAGAUCAUUUCCUGUAUACUCUCGAUAUGGCUUCCGAUGCUGAUGCUUACGUGGCGGCACUCCGAUCCCACGUCAUCCCUUCUCGCCGACUCACAAUCACUGAACUCCGCAACCUUACUUCUCCAUACCUUGAUACCCUUCUUCCCCAUUACAGUAUUUUGGUGGAAACGAGCAGGGGCGACGACGAUAUCGUCACUAUUGAUGGGGUUCGGGUUUCGGAUCCGAAUCUUUUUGUCGGGUCGAGAUUUGUUGUUCAUGGGUUAGAUGGGAUUCUUCUGACUGGAUUUAACAUGUACGAGGAUACUCUGAGCCAGAUGGGAAGAGGGUUUUUUGCGCCGGAGAAAGUGGAGCCCUUCGCUCAUAAAUCUGGCCGGCAUUCUGCGUCGGCGGUGAAGAAUGGGGGUUUUUCCAGAGUUAUGAGGAAGCAUCGGAAACUGCAGUAUCGCCGGAUUUGGAAGAGUAAUUACAGUGUCCGGCGUAACGGCGGAGAAGAUGGUUUCUAGGGCAUUACUGUAAAUCUCAAGUUUCUUCUGGGGUAAAAUUGUCUUUUUCCGAGGAAUUUCAAUAUUGAACAGAAAUAGAAAAUAGUCAGAAAUUGUAUUUUCUCUUUUACGUGAAUAUAUUCACAAAUUGUGAAAUAUCAA